AGCUCCUUUUAAUAGUGAUGCAGAUAUACUAUAACAUACAGGUUUAAAAUCAGGUGAUCAGAAUCUGGAUGUAACCUCUCUCCAUAUCAUCCAUGCCUCUCCACAAUCACACCGUCAAAGAGGCCUGGACAAACGACAGGACUCAAGAGGAGGAAGCUUCUGGUUCGGACCCACAGCUGCAGAAGCCUAAAAAGAAGAAAGAGGAGGCCAAUGGCACGACGGAAGCUAAGUUAAACGGAACGGAGGCUAAACCAAAAAAAUCAAAGACCAAGAAGAGUGAAGAUGUAGUAGAAGAGGACAGUUCUGCCAUCCAAAAUGGAAAGAAAGUGAAGAAAAAGAAACCAGAAAAAGACAAAGAAGAACCUGAAAAAGAAAAAGAGAAAGAGCCAAAAAAGAAAACCAAAAGUGCUCCAAAGAAGAAGAAAGGUUCAGACACAGACGACGACGAUGACGACGACGAUGAAGAGGACACCCCCAAAAAGAAAACUAAGAAAAAAACGACAAAGGACAGCUCUCCAUCGGCAAGCUCUGCCAAGGAGAAAAAAUCUAAAUCUAAAGAGGACAAAGAUUCUGAUGGAAAAGAAAAAAAAUCCAAGUCAAAGGAAAAAGACAAGAAGAAAGAGCCAGCUUCGAUGUUCCAGAUAAAUGGAGAAAAAGAGUCUAAAAGUAAAAAGAAAGCUGCCAAAUCCGACAGUGAUGACAGUGAAGAGGAGACAAAGUCGACUAAAUCAAAGAAGAAAUCCACCGCUGGCUCUGCAUCCAUGUUCCAGACAUCAGCAGAUAAGGACAAGGACAAGAAGACAAAGAAAAAAGCAAAGGCAGAGGAAAGUGAUGAUUCUGAGUCAGAAAAAGAAGAGAAAUCUAAGAAAAAGAAGGGCAAAGGGAAGAAGAAAAAGGAGAGAUCUCCCUCACCUGAGAUUGAGUUUGACAACCUGGAGAAGUUUGUGAUGCAGCCGGCUCCUCAGGGCGUCACCGUCAAAUGCAGAGUGACUCGGGACCAGAGAGGGAUGGACAAAAGCCUCUACCCUCUGUAUUACCUGCAUCUGGACAACGACAAGAAGACAUUCCUGUUGGCUGGGAGGAAAAGGAAGAAAAGCACAACUUCCAAUUACCUCAUUUCCAUCGAUGCCACAGAUCUGUCAAGAGGUGGAGAGAAUUUUGUCGGGAAGCUGAGGUCAAAUUUAAUGGGGACUAAGUUCACAGUAUUUGACAACGCUCUGAAUCCAGAAAGAGCACUUCCAGACAUGUCUAAUGCACGCCAGGAGUUAGCUGGCAUCAUCUAUGAAACAAACGUUUUAGGGAUGAAAGGGCCGAGAAGGAUGACAGUCGUCAUCCCAGGAAUGGACAAGGACAACGAUCGAGUGCCACUCCGACCAAGAAGUGAUUGUGACGGCUUGUUGAUAAGGCACCAGAACAGAAGGAUGGAGAAUCUGAUCGAGCUUCACAACAAGACGCCCGUGUGGAACGAAGAAACGGCGUCCCACGUGCUGAACUUCAACGGCAGGGUCACCCAGGCCUCCAUCAAGAACUUCCAGAUAGUCCACAGCAAAGACUUGGACUACAUCGUGAUGCAGUUCGGUCGGAUAGCCGAUGACAUUUUCACGCUGGACUACAACUACCCGAUGUGCGCCGUGCAGGCCUUUGCAAUCGCACUCUCCAGCUUCGACGGCAAAAUCGCUUGUGAAUAACGCAAAGAUUCUCAGCCGCCCGCUCAAACUGAAAUGACUAUGCAACAAGCCCGCUGUCACAUCAGACAAACCCAUGUCUUUGGACUAGGAGCUGGUAACAAACGAUGGUUCCCUCAACCUGCUGCUGCUGCUGACUUCCCCCUCCAGGUGUAAGAAGCAAAAUCACUCUCAUAUUACCUGAUCUGGUGCACGAAAGUCUUAUUUUGUGUCUUGGUAAUUCAGCGGAAAAAUCUGACUCAAAGGACUCCAUUGACUGGAGAGUUAGGAUGACGUUCCGCUGCAGUGAUGGAGGUGUUUAUAGAUUAAUAACGUCAAUAAAAGAUGCUAACCUCUGUUAUGUUUUGGCUUUGUUAUGCUGUGUUCUGUUUUAUUGCUUUGUAGGGCAAAUCCCAUUAGGUCACCAGGGCCUUUAAUCCAUUUUCUUCAAAAUCUAAUUUUAAUUUGUCGCACUCUGUGGCGUAUCAGCAAUCUGCACAAAGGACACAUUGUGACUCAGACAGCAUAAAAAAUAAAAUUAGUCUCAUCUGAAGCUCAUUUAAUCUCAUAACAGCCGUCUUUCUUGGCGCACUGUCCGUCUGUGGUGACUGUGAAUCUAUUUUAAAUAUUUUUGAUUCAUAGAAGUUUAUUUCGUGGCUCUUUAUUUUAGGUGUUGUAAUGUUAACGUGCGAUAAUUCAAUGUAAGUUUUAUUUCUCCAAAGAUUUCUUUCGUCCGUCUCAGACUUCAGCUCUUGUAGGUUUUUCUAUCUAUAUGUUUUUGGUUUCAGCAUUUGUAAAAAUCAGUCAUUUACCUGAACUCUGCCUUCGUUACAUUUCUAGGCUUGUUGUCUUAACGCAUGUCAAUUAAAUGUCUUUGAAGUCAAAA